AUAGACUAAACAGCUAGCGACUAUCAUGUUUACAUAAAUAGAUUUUUAUAUUUAAUAAAUAAUUAUAAGGAAAACCUGAUAAUUAUUUUUAACUAAUUUUAAAAAAUGAUUUUAUUAUUUUAUUACAUUAUGUGUUUUUUGGUCAAUGUCGACUUGGUCGCCGGCACUAAACUCACUUCUUCUUAGCUGCCGGAAACCUCCGCUGCCGUCUAUCACUUCCUAAUUCAGUGAUUCAUGAGAGUGCUUUGCACACACGAGUAACUGGAAUCAAAUCACUUUCUCUGUGCAUUGUGGAGUUGAUUGGUUCAGAGCCCAGCCAUAAUUGGCCACGAUUCGAAGUAUUUCUCCACCACCAAGUAGGGUGAAAUCCCUGAAGUCAAGGAAGAACUCAAUUCUCAGUACAAGGACAAGAGAAAAGAUGCUGUUAAGAAGGUGAUUGCUGCCAUGAUUGUUGGAAAGGAUGUGUCAUCACUUUUCACUGAUGUAGUUAAUUGUAUGCAAACGGAAAUUUUGGAGCUUAAAACGCUGGUUUAUUUAUAUCUUAUAAAUUAUGCUAAAAGCCAGCCUGAUCUAGCAAUACUUGCAGUAAAUACAUUUGCAAAGGAUUCACGAGAUCCAAAUCCUCUGAUUCGAGCUUUGGCAGUACGGACAAUGGGUUGCAUUCGUGUUGACAAAAUUAUAGAGUAUUUAUGUGAUCUCCUUCAGAGGUGUCUGAAGGUGGGGCCAAGUUUUUAUACUGGAUGCCCUUUCUAGAUACAAAGCAGCUGAUACUCGUGAGAUUGAAAAUAUAGUGGAGCGAGUUACUCCACAACUACAUGUCUACAUCAUGCUAAUUGUGCGGUUGUGCUUUCAGCUGUUAAGUUGAUAUGCUGUCAUUGUUUUGCUGCUGUUCUGCUUUAUCAUUUUUAAUGUUGAUACCUUUGAUAUUAUUCAACUUGUCUAAAUUCAAUCAGUUCUUACAUUGUUUUUCUCAUUUUCACCUUUAUAGAUGAUCCUUCAACAAAUGGAACUUAAUCACUAGCACUGAUGUUGUUCAAAAUCUGUGCAAGAAGAUGGCUCCGCCUCUUGUGACAUUACUUUCUGCAGAACCUGAGAUACAGUUUGUUGCAUUGCGGAACAUCAAUCUAAUUGUACAGAGACGGUCUACAAUCCUUGCACAUGAAAUUAAGGUAAAAAGACAUAGUCUCUGCACUCGUUAGACAAGAAUGGUUCAUUGUUGCCUCCAACAGGGUGAGACUGAGCAAACAAUACGAUGACUUAUCGAUGUACAAAUAGAAAGAACUAACAAGGCGCGUAGACACAAACAUAAAACCAUAUUCAGAUAAACAAAUUUGAUAACUUGGGGAGACAAAUCAUAUUUGACAAACAAAUUAAGGAGCAACACCGCAAGUGCAGAAACUCCUCUUUUUAACGCUAAGCAGCGAGCACUACAUAAGCUAGGGAUGUGACAUAAAAGCUUGUGGCCUUCUGCAAACACAGUUCGUAUUCAAUCUUAACCAAAUAUAUAUAAGAGAUGGAAUAUGUUGAAAUUUGAAAGCUUUAUCUUGAUUCUUCAAGGCUUUUCUAUACAUAGAAAUUUUGAUUCCGUGAACUAAAUUCAAGUUAGCCAAUAUUAAAAAUGAAUGAUUCAGUUUAUUGCAA